AUGGCUGAAUUACAUGAAGCACAAAAAUUAUUAGGAAAAGCUAUGAAUAUUAUAUAUAUACUAUUAGAAGAACCCAAUGUAGAACAACCAGUUGAAGAAAAAACAUUUGAAACAAUAAUAAUGUAUAAAAAUCCCAACGAUGGAAAUGAUGUUGAUUUAUUAUCAAUAACUGGUGUUAAACAAAAGAUGAAUUUAUAUGUAACAUCAUUAAUUGAUAUUGUUUUUACACAUGAAGAAUUAUUGGAACUUGAUGCAACAAAAAUCAAAUUUAAUGAUGGUUAUAAAUUAAUACAAGAAGCUGUACGAAGUAAAUUUCGAUUAUUAGAUGAUAUUUUUAAACCUGAAUGGUAUAAUUUACAUGAAACAUUUUUAAACAAACGUCGGGAUAUUAAAAAGGGUUUAAGAAAACAGGAAACUACAGUUCAAACAAAUCCAUCAGCACAAAUCUAA